CGAAGAAUUCUCUUAAGAGCAUCCUCAGGAAGCUCGACUGCUUUAUCGCGAUUACUUCCUCGGAUAAUGUCAGCAUAUGCGCGGCAGAGGUCGCUCUCUACGUGAAGGAGUACCCGGAGGACUCCCGGGAGAGACUUGCGAAGAUACUCCGGAGAAUGCCCGGUGGGGGGAAGGAGUUUAGCGCUGAAGUCAUGGGGAGAGUGCAGAUCUAG